CGCCAACUUCAAGGUAUUGUGCCACUGCUACAUUUUUCUUCCAUCCUUUCUUUCAUCUCCCGAUAUUGCAGUCAGCUUCUGAAUUUCAGUUGUUCCAGCAGAGUCAAAUCCCUUCAAGGCUCUCUGUUCGUGACUGCAACAUCAAUUCUGAUCUCCGAAUCCCAGGACAGCCGCUUGCGUUUACCGAUCAUCCCUGAACGCGUCAUCGAGGGACUCGUCAGCCUCCACCGCAUAUAUAAACCUUCCAUUACUUAGAUCGUCGACAGCCUUCUCUCUUCGAUAUGGACGACGACACGAUAUCUGACUCUCCCGGCGACACUUCGGAACAGUCUCUCGAACAGCAAAAAUCUCACCUUCAAUCCUACAUCAAUUCUCUGCCCUACGAGUGUGAAUCGUGCGAGGAUAUGCAGGCGAAGCUGGAGAGCAUAGUUAGCAAGAUCUUCAUUUGUGCCAAGGCUAAGAACUGGCUCGUGCUCGCAACAUGGGAUGGGAUGCUUCAAUGUUGGUUGCUGAUGAGGUAUCCUAUGGACAAAUCUAUUCGCGCCAAGUUAGUUCGUUUGUACUAUGGACUCUGUAUCACCCCGGGGAUAGAUCCGCGCGUCAUUCGCAGCUGGGCCGAUAUGAUCACUCGCUUGCUAUCCAAAAAAUCUGGAAUGAAGCGUAAACUUGAAUACGGUGACCUUGACUUGCCAUGGGAGCCUCUUUGGCAUAGCGUACAGACUCAUCUGUGGCACAAGGCUCAAGUGCAUGAUUCAUCGCGUUCAACUCUAAGCUUCCUUCUUUACGUGGCGGAACACUGCAAUCAUUAUUUCUCCAGACAAGACAUUCCCAAUAUGCUCUCUACUUUUCUGCCUUUGGUGACAAAAGAGACAUACCUGGUCAUGAUACCCAUUUUGACCGCCUUCCUUCCACCAAGUCAUAGCCACCUAUAUUUACCCUCGCUUUUCAAAUUCUGGGAGGCUAUUAAUUCGGCUCUGGUAGACGACAGCCUCUUGCACAUGUCAGGGGAAUUAUCAGAGGAGCAUGUCGCUGGUCCAUUUGGCCUGGCAGGCGAAGAUGGUGGAGCCAAGUGGAAAGACGUUGGUAUAUGGACACAGCCGGAAUGGAACAUGUUGGUUGGAAAGGGUUUGGCAUCCAUGAACGUUCCCGUCGGUGCAACCAGGGGUCCAUCGACAACAGCUGGACAAGCGGACACACUCGCCGACAAACACUCUUUCAAGAUCAAGAAAGCUGCAGAUAGAUAUCAUUCUCUUGCGAAGAUUUUCGUAUAUUCGAUAUCUGUCGAUGGCCCAAUGCGACAGAGUUUCAACGAGCGGCAAGGACGUAGCCAACCCUCUCCGAUCGGUUUUGUCGCUGGUUCAAAGGCCUUAGACUCUCUAGAACGUCUCAUAACCAGUACGGAAUCUUUUUUCCACCCAUCCAACUCUGGUCCCUGGACAAUUGCGCUGACGACCUUCUUACAUCGAUUGACUUCCGAAUUUGGCAAGCGUCUGAAGCAGGAAGAACAAAUGGACUGUAAAACACCCGUUACACAACAACUUACACCCAGCAUUUCGCGAGCUUUUGUCAGUAUCUUGCGCACUCCUGCCCUUCUGGCCCUCUUCUCCAAGGACCCGAUAUGUGUAGGAUUCGCUCAAGGAGCAUUGCGAGGUAUGGCCUUGUUAGAGCCUGCACUGAUUAUGCCCGAAUUGUUAGAGCGCGUAUAUGGCGGUCUAGAGGUCAUAAACGAAACUCAUAGGACCACUGCUGUCCUAAGCAUGUUGUCAGGAAUUGCACGACCGCUCGUCACCGAGAGCAUCUGGCUUGGCGGUCAAAAGCAUCUACUUCCGUUGUUGGAAUUGUGUCUGCCGGGUAUCGAUCUGAAUGAUCCCAGCAAGACCGUUUGUACCACUAUGUUCAUUGUUGCUGCUAUUCAACAUGUGAAGAUUGGUGAUCUCUCUAUUCACCAAUCUGGAGUGCCUUUAACCGAUGAUAUACCUGGUGAUGAAAUGAUGAAUCUCGACCAAGACAACACGCACUUCCCCGACGGUGUAGAGAGUCCUACGCCCGUCCUCAGUAGGGGGGAUGAGCGAUCACUUACCCGCGAUAGCACUGCUGCUUUUGCAGACUGGGUUACUUCGCUGUUCCGGCGUGUUAUCGCACUUUAUGAGAAUCUCCCCGAGGAAGGGGGUAAGAGAAACACCACGGGCGGCAAACAAGAAGAGAGUGUUCUCAAGUCUAUCAAAGCCAUGAUGGAUGUAGUCUGUCUACAUCUGUCAGAUCAACUGUUUGACCUGGUGCUGAACCUGGUGUUUGAUUAUGCGUCUACCAACGCGAAGUCUAACGCCGUCCGAGCCUUCGGGCAACUCGUAGCUUGUUUAGCCCGAGUUCGAGCGGAGCAGACUCUUGCAAAAUUCUUGCCUUUCUGUAUUUCUCAGAUUGAAGAUGAACUGAACCACGGAGCUUCAAGUAUUCGCACCACAGCACCAACCGCGGCCAUAUCGUCGGACACCACUUUCCACUGGCACGUUGCAAUUCUUCUAGGAUGUUUAGGAUACGGGGGCUCCAUCGUAUUGAAGCACAAGGGACGAAUACUUGGUCUCAUUGUGCUCCUCAUUGACAAAACAAGGAGCGAACGUGGAUACAGCAGUGCCGGUAGACUUAUCGGCCGCAUUCUUCAUACCCUUGUGGGAGUGUACCCAGUCAACAGUCGUUUUGUAAAUGCCGAUGAAUGGGCAAGUUCAGACUUCGAGAGAGACCACAAUGUCCACUGGGGAAAACUAUACGAAGCCCAAGAUGUAUCCAUUGAAUGGCACGUGCCAUCGAAUGAUGAAAUCGCAUUCGUGCUGGAAAUUCUCGAUAAGGUUGCAUCGCCCUUACUGGACAAUGUCGAAAGGUUGCUUCAGACGACGAAAAAUUGGGACAGCAUCGACAGAAAUGAUUUCUGCAGGUACCUGAAUGCCUGCCGAACGAUUUGGAGCGCGCUUCCGACUUUCCUUCAGGAACAGGAAAAAGAGGUUGUGAACUCUUGCAUAAACAAUGAUAUUGAAUGUGAAGAACUCCUCGUGGGAAAGCUCGAUAUGAAGGCUGGUUUCGUGCUUUGCGAUUCCUUAGACCCUCGAUAUCGAAAAGCUGUCGCUCAUCGGAUUCGUUUUGGUGAAAUCAGUAAAAGGGCUGCUCUGACCCUUCGUGAGAAUACGGAGGGGGAAGAUCACAUAGACGCUGUUAGCGUCGUUGUGAAGGCCAUUGAUUCCUACUUGCUUGAUUACGGCUUAAGCAAAGAAGGUUACGAAUCUGUCCAAAAAAGCUACACGACGGCAAGAGAUGGUAUCCGCGUAUGGAACGGUCAGAAGGAGAACUCACGAUCGGUAUUCGUGAAGCGCGCACAAAUGUACCAUUGCGGUCGGGUAUAUAUGCAUGCUCUGUAUCGUCGUCGAUCACGCCUAGACGAUGACCUAAUACGGGAAUUAAUUGAGAUGGCUCUUUCGCCGUAUACGCGAAUACGUCGGCAAGCUCAAGCUGUAUUACACAGUGCCUUCGGGUAUUAUGUUCGAUCUACUCGUUUCACGCUGCCGUCCCUUUUUGCUGCACUUUUGAAAGGGAAUGAUCCCGAUCGAAUGAAGGGAGCUUUGUACGUGUUGUGGAAGAAAGGAAUUGCUUCUUAUGCUUUGGGUGACCAAAGCGCGCAUGGACGCUAUCUGUUAUCCCUACUGGAGUGUCAACAUGAAGAAAAGCCCUCCAUACAGAAGUUGGUGAACAAUCUUGCUGUAGACUGUCUGCCGCAUUUGCAUGAGGAUGUUAUCCAUACAAACGCAUACUCUCUUGACGCACCCGCAGUCGAAAGUGCACUUGACGACCUAGUGACCGAAUUUCCGCCUUCUUUUAUCGAUCAAAGGCUGCUCCAGGAAGCGAUCAGCAAGAACCCACGCCGCGUUGCAAACCGCAACGAGAUCCAUGCCCAAACCGUCUCAUCGAUACUGGAAAUUGCUUUGAGGCCCAAAACUCAUUGGAGAUACGUACAAAUGGCGUGUCGGUUUUUGGUGGUAUUACUCCGACGAGAUACACCAGUAUCAGCUGGUGUUGCUAGUUUCUUCUUUAAGCAUUCAACUAGUCCUCAGCCCACCAUCCGCAUAGAGGCGCAACGAGGGAUAACUUAUCUGCUGACAUACGUUAAGUUUCGGUCCUUCUCGGAUGACGCGUCGGAUUUAUGGCUUCAUCGGUGGAAGAAUCCUUUGGCGCAGAGUGUAAAUGUCACGGAUGCCUCCAAUUUGCUAGAAAGGUUCGAGCACCCUAUCGAUCAAACAUCCGACCACAUUUACGUUGACAAAAUCCGUACGGGGUUCAUAUCUUGGGCGCCGACGGUGCAAGGUUAUAAAGCUGUGACCAUGGAUAUGUCAGUAUUUGCAUGGGAAGCAGCAUCGCAACCUUCGCUCCAUGUGAUUCGUGAGGGCGUUAUCACUGAGAAAUACUUCCAAGACUUGUCGGCAUUGUGGGGGCAAGAAUCGAAUAGAACCGGUAGCACAGUCGAUCUCCGAAUAGAGAAUGUUGCAUACAUCAAGAGACUAGCGAAAAUGUUUGAACACGAGGUCCUUGACGCUAUACUCAGUGUCAUGGACCCGCUUUUAUCAGAUUCUGAUAAAUUUAAACAACGUGCUGGUGGCGAGUUUUUGACGGGCCUUAUACGUGGAGCGAAGCACUGGCCGAAACAUGCAUCUGAUAAACUAUGGUCUUGGGUUCGCAGUCGAUUAGAUCGUAUUUUCACCGAAAUUAAGCCCGACACGUUAACUCUUUGGGAGACCUCACUGACUAGCAUCUUGGAAGAUCGAGAUCCAAGGCGUAAUAAGCCGCUAAUUGAUUGGAUCUUAGCCCUACCUCUCGAUUUCAAUGGAGAUUCUGCGUUCGAAAUGAGUAAAGCGCUCAGUUUAUUUGGUAUCUUGGCCGAUUCAGCGGAGCAUGUUUUCCAGCGCAGAGCUGAUCACUUCAUCAGCUUCUUCUUUGCGAACGCGAACACCAAUUACGCUGAGAUACGGGGCCUCAUCACUCAAACCCUUACUACCUUGCUCAACACGCAGUGGCGGCCACUUUACGCGUCCACAGAACUUUUUUUACGCGCUUGUCAAGAAUCAGACGAUCCUUUAUUUAUACGUGAGGCCCGGUUCCAAAACCAAAUUAUCAACAUUCUGAAACAAAUGCCACAAUGGCGAGAGCAGCGAUCACCGCCGCCCUGGGUCAGCCAGUCAGAGUAUGACAAAGUAGCAUUGUCGCUCCUUCAAUGGAUAUGGCUCUCGUCCUACAGUCCACAGGCGACGUUAAUCUUGCCAUAUGCUGUGGCUUUGAUGCCCGAGUUCCUACGCAUGACCGAGUUCAAUGAUAAUGUUGAACUACAAACCUAUUCCAUCGCUGUUCUUUAUGUGCUAUCAGCCUUCACGCCACCAGUAGAGUAUAUUGGAGCCAUUCUGACCAAUUUUGUCGUUGCCAUCAAAUCGUCAACGUCCUGGCGCAUUCGACUUCAAGCGCUUCCUCCGUUGGUAGUUUUCUUCUACCGUAAUCUGCUGUCGAUAACACCGGAAGGUGUGCACGGAGUUAUGGACAUGUUAAUGGACUGUCUAGCCGACGAGAAUGUUGAGGUCCGAGAAAUGGCUUCGAAGUCACUUUCAGGGAUUGUUCGAUGCUCGCAACGACAAAGCAUCAUUCCCUUAAAGAAUCGGUUUAUAACAAUGACUCUCAAAGUUAAGUUGCCUCCACGCAAGGAUCCUUCGUAUGCCGAUUGCCUUCGGUCCAUGCAUUCUGCUAUACUAGGACUGUGCGCUCUGAUCGAAAGUUUUCCCUACUCUGUGGAACCGUGGUUGCCCUCACUUACAGAAGUGCUUGCCCCCCACGCUACUGACCCUCCUCCCAUCUCAACCACAAUUAGAAAAUGCGCGUCAGAGUUUAAGAAGACCCAUCAGGACACCUGGCACAAGGAUCAGCAAGCCUUCGAUGAAGAUCAGUUACAAAGUUUGUCAACCAUGCUGGUAGGGACUUCGUAUUAUGCUUGAACUUUAACUUUGUACCAUGUAACUAUACCUCAAUCGCUUACGUUUUUGGUGAACUGCAGGUAUGGAAAACUACAUAAUAUUGACCUGAGAAUCUAAGAGUUUCUACCGAUUUAUGUACUCCAUAUAUAGACGUUGGAUGUAUGCGUGUAUGCCAUGUCCUGGGAUAAAAUCGGC